AUGGUGCCAUGGUGGAUAAACGAUUGCCCCUUGGCUCACGGGCCGCCUGUGAGGAGCGUGUACGUGCUGGGAACAUCAAGGACAGCCCCGCCGCCGUACCAGGAUCUUGGGUGCUCUCUUUGGGGCCGCGUCUCCGGAACCGCCCAUCCGGCCAGCUCUCUGUUGGGCACCGCCGCGGCCCUUGUCUCCUCCCCGCUGGCCCCUGACGACCAGCAGCGAGGUCACGCUGCUCGUGGGGGUGGUGUACAUGCUCGCAAUGCUGGUCGUGGCAACGGUGGCGGUGGUACUGCACGCGGAGCCCAGCGCGAAGGAUCCGGUAGCGAGGCUGACGGCACCGACGCUACCCACAUCGCUGCGAAUGGACGGCGGGUAAUAUGGGGACGCACGACCGCCGCCGCCGCCGCUGUAGACGUCACCACUGUAGACGUCACCGCCGUAGACGUCACCGGCACCAGCAGCACCAGCAGCAGCAGUGGAAGUCAGUGGCCACCGAGUCGGCGACGCCGACGAUGA